CGAGGAGGUCCGGGGAAGCGGUUGCCGCGGGGCCUGCAAGCGCCGGGAGGGCGGUGGGAAGGUCCUGCUGUGCUUUGGCUGACUUGACACGUGCAGGGGGCCCACCCCUGAGUCCAGAUGACUCUCAUGCCGAUGACUUCAGUGAUGGCAGUGACUGAACCAAAAUGGGUCUCGGUCUGGGGCCGUGUCUUGUGGUUGACACUACUGAGCAUGGCACUUGGGUCACUGCUGGCCUUGCUGUUGCCCCUGGGGGCUGUCGAGGAACAGUGUUUGGCCAUGCUCAAAGGCUUCUACCUGCUCAGAAGCAAACUGGACAGGGUGCAGCAUUCUGUCACCAAGCGCACCAGCCCGUCCACAGAGCUCAGUGUCACCUCCAGGGACUCAGGGCUGCUGGUGGUCAAGACCAAGGCAUCUCCAGCAGGCAAGUUGGAAGCCAGAGCAGCUCUGAACCAAGCCCUGGAGAUGAAGCGCCAGGGCAAGCGGGAGAAAGCCCGCAAGCUCUUCCUGCAUGCCCUCAAGAUGGACCCACACUUCGUGGAUGCGCUCAACGAGUUCGGCAUCUUCUCGGAAGAAGACAAGGACAUCAUCCAGGCCGAUUACUUGUACACCAGAGCGCUGAUGCUCUCGCCCUUCCACGAGAAGGCGCUGGUCAACCGGGACCGGAUGCUGCCGCUAGUGGAGGAGAUUGACCAGCGGCAAUUUAGCAUCAUUGACAGCAAGGUGAAGAAGGUCAUGUCCAUCCCCAAGGGCAGUUCGGCCCUGCGCAGGGUCCUGGAGGAGACGUACUACCACCACAUCUACCACACGGUGGCCAUCGAGGGCAGCACCCUCACGCUCUCGGAGAUCAGGCACAUCCUGGAGACCCGCUAUGCCGUGCCAGGGAAGAGCCUGGAGGAGCAGAAUGAGGUGAUCGGCAUGCACACAGCGAUGAGGUACAUCAACACCACGCUGCUCUCUCGCCUCGGCUCCGUCACCAUCCGCGACGUGUUAGAGAUCCACAGGCGGGUGCUGGGGUACGUGGACCCGGUGGAGGCCGGCAGGUUUCGGACGACCCAGGUCCUGGUGGGACACUACGUCCCUCCGCAUCCGCAGGAAGUAGAGAAGCAGAUGCAGGAGUUCAUCCAGUGGCUUAACUCAGAGGACGCCAUGAGUCUGCACCCAGUUGAGUUUGCAGCCUUAGCUCAUUACAAACUGGUUUACAUCCACCCCUUCAUUGACGGCAAUGGAAGGACCUCCCGCCUGCUUAUGAGCCUCAUCCUGAUGCAGGCUGGCUACCCCCCCAUCACCAUCCGCAAGGAGCAGAGAUCCGAGUACUACCACGCGCUGGAAGUCGCCAACGAGGGCGAUGUAAGGCCCUUCAUCCGCUUCAUCGCCAAGUGCACUGAGACCACCCUGGACACUCUGCUCUUGGCCACCACCGAGUACUCGGUGGCACUGCCAGAAGCCAAACCCAACCACUCCGGGUUCAAGGAGACACUUCCUGUGAGGCCCUAACCCUGUCAGUUCUUCCUUGGUGACAAGAAAAGCCAGAGGGACAGGGGAUCAAAGAAACAGCUUUCUAGAAACCUGGUUAUGUCCAAAAGCCAAAAAGGAGACCUUUAAACGUUCUUUACCUCCAAAAAUUUUUUAGUUAAAAAAGAAAAAAGCUAAAUUAUUAAGCCUUAUCUCUUAAGAUAAUUUAUAAUUUAGUGAAGUUAUUUAUUUUCUUCUUUUGAGUGUUGUAUGGUGUCCCUGUGUCUGUGCUGGUGGGCGCUCCUGAGUCCCCACACACUGUAGAGGCAGUGACACUCCAGUGUGAUCAGAACCCAGGUUCUGGGCAGAAUUUGCACUAAGGUGGGGGAGAGAGGCAAAGCUGUGGGACAAAGCCCAGUACCACAGGAGGACUCCAAGUCUCUGAAAUGGUCCUGUAAGUCUAACUAAAAAGUGGCCAUCCUGCGGAGGGCUGCCCCGGUUCUGAGAAAUGGUCAAAGCUACUUUCUGAAGUUUCUGCCCCCUGCCAAGAGAUCACUGUGGUGGCUGUUGCUGGCAGAGCAAGCAGCCUUUUGAGAUACGACCUAUGAAAUGAAUGCCAUUAUUUCUAAUUGGAUACCUUGCUUAUUUACAGAAGACCCUUUGAGCCAUACUUAACUGGUAGACUUGAGUGCCAGAGGCUAUUUUUUCAUAAUGAGACUAUUUUUCUCAUUAAGGGGCAGUGGCAGGUUUGGUUUUCUUUCUUUCAAGGUCUCUUACAUUUCAUUUGUAGCAACUCAGGACCAGAUAUUUCUGGGCUUGUCACCCGACAACUGUAUCUUGCUACAAAGUGGGUCUGCCCUUACCCCUCACUCUUGAGUAAAUGUUAAAGGACAGAUCUGAAGGGCUGGGGCUCUGAGGUAACUUGCCUAGCAUGUGCAAGACCCUGGGUCCCGUUCCCAAGACUGCAAAGAAAAACAAAAAGUAUCUUAAGAUGUCACAUCAACCCCAAAUAAACAUAUCUGAUAAUGAAUUAAAACCAAGGAAAACCUGUGACCAAAGCCAAGACCUGUCCCUUUUUUCAUGUACUUUUAUCCACUUAACCGCCCCAGCCACCACCCGGUAAAGCCAGUAUACUGUCCAGAAUCCCCUUGGGUAGGCAGAAGGGAUCGCCUCAAGUGGCCUUAGUUUUCUAGCAACUUGUAAAAUGAUACAAUGCCAUAUGUAAUAUGGCUGGGUUUCCAAGUUGUCAUCUUACGGAAAUAGAAUCUUCUCUCUCAAUCGUAUGGCGUAAGUGCCCAUUUGCUGCUAUUUAGUCAGAAUGGCUGGAAAUCACUAGGUUUCUUUCUCGGUGACAGAGCCUGCAAUGUCUAACACUGUGAUGCACUUUGUCAGUGUUGUAGAUGGUAAACACACAGGGUUGUCAAAUCUUUGAUUUGAAGGUUCAGUUCCUGACAGGAGAUUCCUACUCAGCUGUAGCAAGUGUUUAUAAUGGUAACUCAGUUGUAUAAAUUGCACUUCAGAACAGUUUUCUGUUAAGAAAAGCAAGAUACAUGAAAUGGCUCCAAGUGAUAGUUCUUCAAACCUGAAUAAAAAUGUUUGCAUACUUGUGUGCUGCCACAGGUGUGUCUCAAACCUGAACUCUUCUGACUUGGUAUUAUACACAUACCAAGGAAGUCUGAGAGGAGUGUCUGCUUUGUCCUACAGUGAGAGAACAUGCACUUUACCUGUGUCCGAAGGAUAUUACUUUAACAAAUUACUGAUUCUAAUAAAGUAUUUUAUUACAUAAACGUUUGGGACUUCACGGUCUUACUCGAGAGGUGU